GUCCGCAAGUUGCCUGGCUUGCUCCAACGGGAAGAAGCUGCAUGUGCACAAUCACUCAUCGCAAUCAUCCCAGCAGGUGAAUGAACGCGAAUGAACCGCGCAUGCACGGCGCUUGAUCAGCUUAAGGAAGCCAACGUGACCUAUUGGUUUGAUUUCCUGAGGCGGAGAUAUUACUGGGUGCUCUGUCUGAGCGCUGAAGUGCGAGGAUAUGGCGUACACUCCUGGGUUGUCAUUGGCACUAUGCUGUCAGUGUCUCUGUAUCUCGUGCAACGUGUGAUGAUGGCGUCGAAAGAUGCGGUUUGCCGCUGCACCCGACCAGCCGAUGUCAUCUCGCAGCACGCGCACACCUUGCUCGAUCGGGAGCGGCGUGCAUGCGCCCCGUCAAACCUUUCCUCCAUCCUGCAUCCACUGCCGACACAAUGGACAAGCAUUGCCAGCCGCCUGUCACACAAGCUUUCCGGUGAAACGUCUCCAAGUCUGCAUUACACGACAUAUCUUGUUCAAAACAAUACCUCUGCGGUCAAAUCCGCACCCAGCAUCCAUUCCGCUCUUCGCCCUCGCGGAAUCAAUCUCUCCCGCGUGAUUAACUCCAACGGCCACCUGCAGCCCAAGUCUCAUCGUGCAUUCGAUCAGUCCAAUCGGCAUCGGGGAAUUCUGCUAGGCCAGCGGGUGCGACUUGCGACGUGGCCCGUCUUCCUGCGAAUCCCGCAGGCAAACUAGACCGCUUGUCUGCAGCGAGCGUGGUUUGCUUUGCGCCCUUUGCUAUGCAGUAUGACGCCCCAGGGGACGGCGGGCGUGAAUUG